AUGAAAGAGAUUAUCGCAGCAACUGAACGAAACGAUCGUUUUCAAUCAGAUUUAUACGGAAAACGUCUUCUAGAGUUAACGACUGCAGCAAAAAGCAAUUUAAAUAUUGACUUGUACAAUUUGGAUGUCGAGAUACAACGUCAAUUCGGACUUUAUUCUGUUGAGGUCACCGGCGAUGGUCAACCUGAUGUGUAUCAUAGCGAGUUACGCGAAGGGGCUAUUCUACAAGUUUUGAAUGAUAUUCCGUAUUACUCAACUGUACUUCGACCUGGAGAAAAGGUGAGUGAAAAAGAAUUGAAAGAUUGGGUAAAUUCAAUGGCUGAUCCAAAUACCUAUGGAGAUGAAAUGGCGAAUAUAGCUGUAGCAGAUCGAUAUCACAUUCAAUUAGUUAUUUUUCGUGCUGGAGAAUUACUCACUGUCGUUAAUCCAUGCGAUGGAUACGUUAAACAUACAGCAUUUCUUAUCAAUGUUGGUACACAUUACAAGGCACUCGUUCCUCGAUGUGAACUCGAAGAAGCACGUAGAAAUUCGGAACGUUUGUCUAAGCACAAUAAGUUAAAUUUGUUGAGCACUAGUACUAAUUAA